AUGAGUAGGUUUCAAAAUUUAUUACCUGUAAUUGGUGCCUGGAAGCAAGAUAUUACAAAUUGGAUUCAAGAAGAUAUACCUUCCUUUGACUUUGGUGGCUAUGUUGUUGGUAAUAAAAUGUCAACUGCAACUUUAUAUUGCAAACAAGACGGGAUUUUAGCUGGUAUCCCUUUUGCUCAGGAAGUCUACGACCAAUGCGGGAUAACUGUCCAAUGGUUAUUUGAAGAAGGCACUAAAAUUGAUGUUUCUAAAAGUGGAUCCCUAAAAAUUGAGGUUGCAAAAUUAAUAGGUCCAGCAAGGAAUAUAUUAGAGGCUGAAAGGCUAUCACUUAAUAUUUUAAGUAGGUGCUCCGGUAUUGCUUCGAAAUCCAACGAAAUUGUUAAUGCUGCUCGUAAAUCGAAUUAUAAGGGGAUUAUUGCAGGAACUAGAAAGACAACGCCAGGAUUAAGAAGGCUAGAAAAAUAUUCAAUGAUAGUUGGUGGUUGUGAUACCCAUAGAUAUGAUCUUUCUUCUAUGGUGAUGUUGAAAGAUAACCAUAUCUGGUCCACUGGUUCUAUUAAACAAGCUGUUACCGAUGCCAGAAUUGCAUGCGGAUUUGCAAUAAAGAUCGAGGUUGAAUGCCAAUCAGAAGAGGAAGCUAAUGAAGCAAUUAAUGCAGGGGCUGAUAUUAUAAUGUUAGAUAAUUUUACUAGCGAGGAACUUCAAGUUUGUGCUAAGAAUUUGAAAGAAACUUGGCUUAAUAAAAAAAAAUUUGUUUUAGAGUGCAGUGGAGGAUUAACUUUGGCUAAUAUUAAUGACUAUAUUUGUCAUGAUAUCGAUAUUUAUAGUACUAGCUCUAUUCAUCAAGGUGUUGAAGUAAUCGAUUUUUCAUUAAAAAUUGAUCAUUAA